UCUAGGGUCUUGAACGUGGCAGUCAUUAUACACAAACAUGGCGGCCAGAUGAGAAAGUAAAGUUAAUUUCCGCGUGUGCAUGUUGAAGAAUACCAUUUAACCCCGCAUAUAUUUGUUUUUGAUAAAAACCGAUUUGCACUUAGUUGCAAGUAAUUUUAUAGGCUACUGAGAAUGGCUGCGUGGGCUGGAUUUUCAGAGGAAGAACUGCGAAGAAUGAAACACAACGGCGAAGUCGUAAACCAGGCUGUGUCUGUCACAUUGGGUCGUGGCCGGAAAGCCGCUCCGACUAACCGGAGCAGACAGCAGCUGCAGCGGGAAAGGGCUCUGCAGCUGGCAGCCAAACAGGAGGACAGCCACUCUCUUCCACCCGACCAACAGCUUACCAAGCCCCCAGACCCGCCUGCUGUCAGUCACCCCGAUCCUGUCAAACCACGGGACGAGCCCAAACCGUUGGAGUCGCAACUGGUUGAACAUGAAGCAGAACCUGUUAAACAUGACCCAGAAUCACCUGCAGAGUCUGCACCACCAGCAUUCAUCAAGGAGCUGGACAAACAGCAAGUGGAAUUGCGGGAGAAGAACCGUCUGCAGCAGUUGCAGUGGGAGCAACGGAUAAUGGAAGAGAAGAAUAAAAAAAGAAAAGCUCUCCUUGCAAAAACCAUUGCUGAAAAGUCCAAACAGACACAGGCUGAAGCUGUGAAACUGAAGAAGAUCCAGAGAGAACUUCAGUUACUGGAUGAUUCUGUGUCCAGCGACAUCGGGAUUCUUAGAAAACUGAUAGAGCAAUCAAGCAUGGAUUAUUCCCUGGCAUGGAAGCGCUUUGAGAAAGCAGAGGCUGAGUAUGUUGCCGCUAAGAUGGACUUGCACAGGAAAACGGAGGUGAAAGAGCAGCUGACAGAGCACCUGUGUGCAAUCAUCCAACAGAAUGAGCUGCGCAAGGCCUGCAAACUGGAUGAGUUGAUGAUUCAGCUAGAGCUUAAUGCUGAGGAUGUCCCCAUCCCAGAGGAAACAGAUCUAGAGGACAAAGAGAGGGAGGCCAACUCCCAGCCUGUUACUGAAAACGGUCCUGCAGCAGACACGGAGGGGCGUACAGAGGUGGAUGGCUCAAGUAUGAGCAAAGACAGUUCCAUUACAGAACCAACGAUCAGCCAAGACAAUCAGGAGAGCAAAGCAACAGAUGUUUCUGCAGAUGGGCUAAGCUAGCUUCCAAACAUCAUCAGUUUAAUAGAGGCUGUAUGACAGUUUACAUAACACUUGCUACCAACUUUAGAAAUUGUGAGAGUGUUGAACAAACCAACAAUCCUGCAUUUUGUGAGGAUAAAAGGCAGCCUCAGUGUGAUAUUGGUGUCAGGUUUCCAAAUACUGUGAGCGUUAUUCCAUUACUACUACUAGCAUUAAAAAUGCCUGAACAUUACAGGGCUAAAAUAUUGAUUAUGAUCUGUUAAGCUCGGUUUUUGGUUUUAAUUGAGGGUGCUACAUGAUCCUAAAUGUGGGCAGUUAAAAUAGUGCUAUGUAUUUUAUUGUGGUUCCUUUGGAUGUCAGUCAUUUGUACAAUUUAAUCUGUCUUCCAUUAAGUAAAUGGAGUACAAAUCUCUUGAAAACACUGUGCAUCUUAAAAACACUAUAAAAGACUAAAUACUGUUAACUUGAUUGUUUUAUAAUUUUGACAUUAUUCAAAAUGGAAUAGACAAUACAAUACUGGUGGUAGUUUGUAGCUGUGAUUUAUUUCACAUGAUGUUGCACAAGUGAAUGUUGGAAUCUUUUAUCUGUAUAUGGCUUGGGGGUUUUUAUCAUACAAAGCUGACAGUUUGCUCAGCAGAGAUGAGAACAAUUGAUUCGUACUGCAGAGGAAAAAACGGUUGAAGUGUGGGAAGUUGAAUGAAUGGCAUAGUUUUUUUUAAUACAUAUGUUGUAUCAUUUAUACUUUUCUAAUAAAACUCAGAUACACCAUGCAGAGCUUUGCACCAACACUAAAACAUUUAACAUUGUAUAACAGUACGGUUA